AUGGCUGACGUCGAAAUGAGCGAUGCCCCGGUGGCCGCCAAAAAGGCCGACGGCGUCAUCGCCAAAGGCGCCGACAAGAAGAAGUUUGAAGUCAAGAAGUGGAACGCUGUCGCUCUGUGGGCUUGGGAUAUCGUAGUCGACAACUGCGCCAUCUGCCGAAACCACAUCAUGGAUCUUUGCAUAGAAUGUCAGGCGAACCAGGCAUCCGCUACGAGCGAGGAGUGCACCGUCGCAUGGGGAAUCUGCAACCAUGCUUUCCACUUCCACUGCAUUUCACGAUGGCUAAAGGCCCGAUCAGUCUGCCCUCUAGACAACAGAGACUGGGAGUUCCAAAAGUACGGUCGAUAA